CUCGAGUGCCAGAUGAAGUCUGUCGCACGCAAGGACACCGAACAAAGUGGAUACAACGCCAUUUCCUAUACCUGGGGGGACCUGAACCAAACAACCCAAAUUACAGUCAACGGAUACCUGCUGAAGGUCACUCAGAACUGCAAUACCGCGUUGAGGCAGGCAUGGGGCUACGACCAAGAGGCCUGGUACUGGAUUGACUCCGUGUGCAUAGAUCAACUUCACCCAGGGGAGAAGGGACAUCAAGUCUCACUCAUGGGCCAGACCUAUUCCGAAGCCAAGAUUGUUCUUGCGUGUGUCGGGGAUCAGGCUGAUGGGAGCGACAUCAUCUUUCGGUUCGCAAACGACAAUAGAAUUGCCCUGUCUCAUUUUUGGCGGCAAUUUAGGGCAUUCAUGCGCCGGCCUUAUUUCCGACGACUAUGGGUAUACCAAGAGCAACAUCUCGGCAGGCACGUCACCUUUUCCUGCGGGAAUGACACUGUUCCUGCCUCC